AUGGCUGCACAGCGGGCACUGCUUCUCCUUGGCUUCCUUCUGUUUAGGGGCCUGCUUUCAGAGGCCGCCAAAAUCCUGACUGUGUCCUUGGUGGGUGGAAGCCAUUAUCUACUGAUGGACCAGGUGUCUCAGAUUCUUCAAACUCAUGGUCAUAAUGUGACCUUAUUUCAACAGCAAGGACUUUCGUUAAUUUCAGAUUUUAAAGAGGAGAAAAAACCAUACCAAGUUAUCAAAUGGCUUCCACCUGAAACUUUUAAAGAAGAAUUUACUAAGCGUUUUGAUUUAUUGGUUGAAGAAGCUUUGCAUGGCAGAGGAACAUUUGAACAUUUUUUGAAGUUCAUGGAACAACUUGGAAUUCAGUGCAGUCAUUUACUAAGAAGAAAGGACAUCAUAGAUUCCUUAAAGGAUGAGAAUUUUGAAUUGCUAGUAUUGGAAAGUUUUGACUACUGUCCUUUCCUGAUUGCUGAAAAGCUUGGAAAAACAUUUGUAUCUAUUCUUCCUUCCUCCUUUGGCACUGUGGACAUUGGGCUGCCCAGCCCCAUAUCUUACAUUCCAGUAUAUGGUUCUUUGCUAACUGACCGCAUGGACUUCUGGGGACGAAUGAAGAACCUUAAGAAUUUCUUGGCAUUUUCUAUGAAGCAACGGCAAAUCCACUCUCAGUAUGAUAACACCCUCAGGGAGCAUUUUCCAGAAGGCUCUAGACCAGUGUUGUCUCAUCUUUUACUGAAAGCAGAGUUAUGGUUUGUUAACUCUGACUUUGCCUUUGAUUUUGCUCGGCCCCUGCUUCCUAAUACUGUUUAUAUUGGAGGUCUCAUGGUCAAACCCAUUAAAUCAGUACCGCAAGACCUUGAGACAUUCAUAGCCAAGUUUGGAGACUCCGGUUUUAUCCUUGUGGCCCUGGGUUCCAUGGUAAAUACCUAUCAGACCCAUGAGAUUCUCAAGGAAAUGAACAGUGCUUUUGCUCAUCUUCCCCAAGGAGUAAUCUGGAGAUAUAAGCAUUCACAUUGGCCCAAAGAUGUACAAUUGGCAGCAAAUGUGAAAAUUGUGGACUGGCUUCCUCAGAGUGACCUUCUAGCUCACCCUAAGAUCCGUCUUUUCGUCAACCAUGGCGGGCAGAAUAGCAUAAUGGAGGCCAUCCAACAUGGUGUGCCCAUGGUGGGGAUUCCACUCUUUGGAGACCAGCCUGAAAACUUGCUCAGAGUAGAAGCCAAAAACUUCGGUGUCACGGUCCUAUUAAAGCAGCUUAAGGCAGAAACUUUGACUCUUAAGAUGAAACAAGUCAUAGAAGACAAGAGGUACAAGUCUGCAGCUAUGGCUGCCAGCGUCAUCAGGAGCUCCCACCCUCUGAGCCCCUCCCAGAGGCUGGUGGGCUGGAUCGACCACAUCCUUCAGACAGGGGAUGGGGCCCACCUUAAGCCUUAUGCCUUCCAGCAGUCCUGGUAUGAGCAGUACUUGCUUGAUGUUUUCUUGUUCCUGCUGGGGAUCACUCUGCCUUUCAUGUGGCUUUGUGGGAGGCUGCUGUGCAUGGUGGCUAGGUGGUUGUGUGGGUCCAGGAAGCUGAAACAGACAUGA